AUGAAAUCAGUGAAAAAAGAUUCUUUAUUACAUGAAUUUAUCAAAGAAAACAUCGAUACCUUUGAUGAAGAAUAUCUAUCUGACAAUAGAGAUAAAUCAUCAUUAAAUAAAUAUUACACUGAAAAACGAGAAAAAUUAAUCAAAGAAAUUACAGAAAAGGAAAAUGAAUUUUAUUUAGAAAUAAUGACAGCUAUAGGAAAUUGUAAAGACUCAAAUCUAUUAACAGAUGAAUUUUACAAUAAUAUCUAUCGUAACAUUGAAGAAUUGAAUGAAAAUUAUCUCGAAAAAACAAAUACCAAAGCAUUUUUACAUGAAAUGAGAGAAGAUAGAAGAAAACAAUUAGAACUUGAACAAGAAAAUAUAUAA